AUGGCAUCCUCCAACGCCAACACCACCAACAAUAACAACAACAACCACGGCAACCCCAACACAGCCAAUAACCCCCCUCCUCAACCUCCUCACCUCUCAGCACACUACCCUUUCCCUCCUCCAGGCGUAGGCGCUUAUCCUCCUCAUCCAGGAUGGUCAUUCCCCCCAGGAACAGAAGGCGCUUUCUACCCUUAUCCACUUCCUCAACCAGACCCAGCACAGGGUGGCGACCCCUCAAACCCACUCCCUCCACCACUACCACCAAUGCCCUACGGAAUACCCCCUUUCCCGCACUACUUCACCCCUGGAGCACCGGGUGACUACCCACCUACAACAGGAGCGAUGCGUUCCCCAGGCGGGGGAUCACAGAGACGCGCGAGCACGGGGCCGUAUGCCGAUGGGGAAGAGCGAGAACCUCGGAAAGCAGCGAAGAAGACUGACGUAGCUUGUGAUUUCUGUCGUCGCCGGAAAUUGAAAUGCGACGGCGAACGACCCUCCUGCGGCCAGUGUAUAACCCGCGAACUCGACUGCAGGUACGAGAUCGGCCCUCCCCGCCGACGCGGUCCAGGGAAGAAGAACCGAGCACUACUUAGCAUGUCCGAGGAGGAUCGGGAAGCCGAUCGGCGCGCAGUCGCUUCUACCAACCUGGCGGACGUAGCGAGUGGGGCGACGAUCCACCGGUCUGGUGCUGGUGCUCAUGCUGGGUCUGGCGCGGGGGCGGGGGCGGGAGCAGCGAGGACCGGACCGGGAAAAGGACGAGGCGGGUUAGAAGGGCCGACACCGUUGUAUGCCUAUGGACCUAUAGGGGCUUUCCCACCCCCUCCGCCGGGGUACGCGUACCCUCAUGUGCCCGGGGCAGCGUAUGGGUUCACACCUGGCUACCCGCCCCCGCCCCCGCCUGGAGGGAGAAGGUACCCUCCACCGGUACAGAGUCCGGAGAAGACGAACGGGAAGAAAGGGGGGAAGAAGGCUCAGGAUGCUCCUGCUGGUGGUGGUGGGGGUGGGGGUGGGGAGAGGGAGAGGGAUCAGCCGAACCCGGCGCCGGAAGAGCAGGAGACAUAGGCCGUUUUCUUUUCUGCUCUGGUCUGCUCUCACUUCCCUGGGCUGGGCUGGACUUGGGAUCAGGGACGGGCGUGGGGGUUCUUCUUCUGGUUAUAUUGAUGCGAGAGGUGGGGAGGGAACGAAAUUGAAAACGGAUCUGCAACCCUGGGCCCAAGGCCCGGGAGUGCAGACGCGUGCGAAUGAGGAUACGGAUAGGAAUGCGGAAAAUAUCAAACGAAAACGAAGGAAAAGGAAGUGGAUGGGGAAUGCAGAAAUGGACAAGGUAUCAGUACUCUUCUCUUUUACUCUUUUACUCUCUUUCCUGUUUCUUGCUCUUAGUCCUCUUACGCGUGUUCUUUUCUUCACUCUUCAUUCUUCACUUCAAUAUCAAUCUUCGGGCUGGGGGGCUUAGGCUACUAGCGUUGGGUACUAGUACAAUGCGUGUCAUGUUUGCGAAAAGGACGACCGUAUCCUACGAAUGAACGAACGAACGAUCAGCUUUCCUAUCUUUCCUAUCCUUCGUACGCCUGCGCCCUGCUUCUGAGGGUUCUCGGGUCGGUUUGGGUGAAAGGUUUUCCCGAGUUGUUCCGCUGAUCGGGGUGCGGGCCGCGGGAAGUAUG